AUGACUGACCACCCUCACCAGACCACGUCUAUCCAGCUCCUGAGCACCGACCGCGCGGAGCUCCGUACUUUCGCCUCUCCCGAGGACGUCGUUGGGGGCUAUGCUAUCCUCUCGCACACGUGGGACACGGAAGUCAAAGAGCAGACCUAUCAGGAGAUCGUUGCGAUCGGGGAUGAGUGCUACAUCUCUGGCGACAACCCUCGCGAUUUUGUCUCCGAGAAGAUCCGGCAGGCCUGUCUCGUCGCCCAGGAGCAUGGCCUCGACUGGAUCUGGAUCGACUCCUGCUGCAUCAACAAGGCCAACAGUGCCGAGCUUUCCGAAGCCAUCAGCUCGAUGUUCCGCUGGUACGCCUCGGCGGAGGUGUGUAUCGCCUACCUGGCGGAUGUUCCUGGCGACGACGAACCUGGGUCUCCCGACUCUGCUUUUCGUAAGGCGCGCUGGCACAACCGCGGGUGGACUCUUCAAGAGGGCAUUGCUCCGUUCGAAGUCUACUUCUACGCCAAGGACUGGAGCCUUCUGGGAACAAAGCACGAUCUUCACGAGGUUCUAGAAGAGAUCUCAGGCAUUCCCUCCGCAGUUCUACGCCACACGGCCCACUACUCCACGUUUUCCGUCGCCCAGCGUAUGUCAUGGGCCGCGGGUCGCCAGCUUACCCGCCCCGAAGAUGUCGCAUACUCGCUCAUGGGCCUUCUCAAUGUAACCAUGCCUACCAUCUACGGCGAAGGCUCGCGCGCAUUCCAUCGUCUUCAACAGGAGAUUAUGAAGCAAACGGGCGAUGCUAGUCUCUUCGCGUGGGGACCCCUUCUGGACGCGACCGUGGUCGAUUUUGACGCGGCAGUGGCCAACAUACGCGACCGGGUCGUCGACGAUAGCGCUUACCUUUUGGCCACCUCGCCCAAGGACUUUCGGCUUUUCAACAAUGCGGUGUUCACGCCUGACUUGACGGUUCCCAUCGAUCCGUAUCUCCCCGGCCAAUUUGUGAGUCAUCCGAAGGAUGCAGAGGUCCCUGUAAAUGGGCCUUUCGGAGAGCGUGCGAUUCCGCGCUUCUCUAUGACCACUGAAGGCGUCAAAUUUCGUUUCCCGGUGAUCAGGAUUCAAGACGCAACCAUUGCUGUCCUUCUAUGCGAGUCCAACGGUCAGCAUCUUGGUCUCCUCUUGCAUGAGUCCCCGGACGCCGGCGAAGACCCUACGCGGCCGCGCUUCCGCGUCGGUUGGCCCUGCGUCGGCGCAGAGCGGGGCUGGGCUCGUCUGGUCACUCUCGGCAACAAUUUAAACGAUCUCCAUGUCGGGACUAGAUGGACCGCGCUCCAGGUCAACUGGGAGACGCUCUUCGUCGUCGACCGCAUGCCCGCGCUCAAGCGUGCGCAGCUCCGGCCGUCCGCGACCAUCCACGAGGUUCUUCACCAACCGGUGUACCCAUUUCCGUUUUUCUUCUCCUCCUGGAUCCUCCAUCGCCUCACCAAUCUCGGGUGGAAAGUCGUCGCGAGGCCGAUCUCCGGCAACGAGGACUCCCCGUUCCCCGUAGCGCUCGAGUUUGAGCACUGGGAGCACACGGACCGCCGCUUCCACGUCAUCGUCGGCACCUGCUUUCAGGGCGUGGUCACCCCAGCCGGCGCUCCCAUCAACCAGGCCGGCUUCUCCGCGCGCUGGGCCAAGGUCUACUUCGACGGUGACGAGGCUGGGGCUUCGCCGACCAUCCACGACUGCGCCACCGAUCACAUCACGCCGGCCCGUCUCAGCUUCAGGACUGCCGGGGACGACGCUGUUCGUGUCGUGGAGGUCUCUUUCCAAGGUCGCGGGCCGGCGGUCAACCCUGCGCUCCUCCCCCCUCGGAUCGUGCUCGAAGUCAAGAUGGGUGGCACCGACUUGGUCGACUUGGUCGACGACGUCCUGCGCACGGCUUAG